UGGCGCUCGGUCCGGGAGGGUGAAUCCGGCGGCCGGAGGCAGAGUGGAGCGGAGAGGGGACCCGGAGGCGGCAGCACCGGCGGGGGUUGGGGUGUGUCCAUAUCAAAUUGGGAGCCUCUGGAAUGUUUAUUUGUGGUAACCAGAAAGCAUGUUGUGAAGGGAUAAUCAUGGGUCAGACAGGAAAGAAAUCUGAAAAGGGACCAAUUUGUUGGCGGAAGCGUGUAAAAUCAGAAUACAUGCGACUGAGGCAGCUCAAGAGGUUCCGUCGGGCAGAUGAAGUUAAGAGUAUGUUUAAUUCUAAUCGUCAGAAGAUAGUGGAAAGGACAGAAAUCUUAAAUCAAGAAUGGAAACAACGUAGGAUACAGCCUGUACACAUCAUGACUUCUGUGAGCUCAUUGCGUGGGACCAGGGAGUGCUCUGUUACCAGUGAUUUAGAUUUUCCAAAACAAGUCAUCCCGCUCAAGACUCUGAAUGCUGUUGCUUCAGUGCCCAUAAUGUAUUCUUGGUCUCCCCUUCAGCAAAAUUUUAUGGUAGAGGAUGAAACGGUUUUACAUAAUAUUCCUUACAUGGGAGAUGAAGUGCUUGAUCAGGAUGGAACCUUUAUUGAAGAACUGAUCAAGAACUAUGAUGGAAAAGUACAUGGAGACAGAGAAUGCGGAUUUAUCAAUGAUGAGAUAUUUGUGGAGCUAGUAAAUGCACUUGGUCAGUAUAGUGAUGAUGAAGAUGAUGAUGAUGGAGAUGAUAAUCAUGAUGAGCAAGAUGAAAAACAGAAAGACCGAGAAGGCAACAGAAUGGACAAAGAGAGCCAUCCACCUCGGAAGUUUCCUUCUGACAAGAUAUUUGAAGCCAUUUCCUCGAUGUUUCCGGAUAAGGGUACAGCAGAGGAAUUGAAGGAGAAAUACAAAGAACUCACAGAGCAGCAGCUGCCAGGAGCUCUUCCUCCUGAGUGCACACCAAACAUAGAUGGACCAAAUGCAAAAUCUGUUCAGAGGGAGCAGAGUCUGCACUCCUUUCAUACGCUCUUCUGUAGGCGCUGUUUUAAAUAUGACUGCUUCUUACAUCCAUUCCACGCAACUCCUAACACUUACAAGCGGAAGAAUACAGAAACAGCCUUAGAUAAUAAACCGUGUGGACAGCAUUGUUAUCAGCAUCUGGAAGGGGCAAAGGAGUUUGCAGCUGCACUGACUGCUGAGCGAAUAAAGACGCCACCAAAGCGCCCAGGUGGCCGCCGAAGAGGAAGACUUCCAAAUAACACCAGCAGGCCUAGCACACCAACAAUAAAUGUGUUGGAAUCAAAGGACACAGAUAGUGACAGGGAAGCAGGAGCAGAAACUGGAGGUGAAAAUAAUGAUAAAGAGGAAGAAGAGAAGAAAGACGAAACAUCUAGUUCUUCUGAGGCAAAUUCCAGGUGUCAGACACCAAUAAAGAUGAAGCCAAAUAUUGAGCCUCCUGAGAAUGUGGAAUGGAGUGGUGCAGAAGCCUCGAUGUUCAGAGUUCUCAUUGGCACCUACUAUGACAACUUCUGUGCAAUUGCUAGAUUAAUUGGGACCAAAACAUGCAGGCAGGUGUAUGAGUUUAGAGUAAAAGAAUCUAGUAUUAUUGCUCCAGUUCCUGCUGAAGAUGUUGAUACUCCUCCAAGAAAGAAGAAGAGGAAGCACAGGUUGUGGGCUGCUCAUUGCAGAAAGAUACAGCUGAAAAAGGAUGGGUCAUCUAAUCAUGUUUACAACUACCAGCCAUGUGAUCAUCCUCGUCAGCCUUGUGACAGCUCAUGUCCUUGUGUAAUUGCUCAGAACUUUUGUGAGAAGUUUUGUCAGUGCAGCUCAGAAUGCCAAAACAGGUUUCCUGGAUGCCGCUGCAAAGCACAGUGCAACACUAAGCAGUGUCCAUGCUAUCUGGCUGUACGUGAAUGUGAUCCAGACCUCUGUUUGACAUGUGGAGCAGCUGAUCACUGGGACAGCAAAAAUGUAUCUUGCAAGAACUGCAGCAUUCAGAGGGGAUCCAAAAAGCAUCUGCUGUUAGCACCUUCAGAUGUGGCAGGCUGGGGAAUUUUCAUCAAAGAUCCUGUACAGAAGAAUGAAUUCAUCUCUGAGUACUGUGGUGAGAUUAUUUCUCAGGAUGAGGCAGACAGAAGAGGGAAGGUAUAUGACAAGUACAUGUGCAGCUUUCUAUUCAAUCUGAAUAAUGAUUUUGUUGUUGAUGCAACACGCAAGGGUAACAAAAUCCGAUUUGCAAACCAUUCAGUAAAUCCCAACUGCUAUGCAAAAGUUAUGAUGGUUAAUGGAGAUCACAGAAUAGGUAUAUUUGCUAAGAGAGCCAUUCAGACUGGUGAAGAACUGUUUUUUGACUACAGAUACAGCCAGGCUGAUGCACUGAAAUAUGUAGGCAUUGAAAGAGAAAUGGAAAUCCCUUGAUAUCAGCUACCUCUACUUUUGAACAGCUGCCUUAUCUCCAGGAAUUUUCUAGUACUGUGGGCAAUUUUAGAAAAAUGAUGCAAUUUGAAAUUCUGAAUUUGCAAAGUACUGUAACAGUAAUUUAUAGUCAAUUUCAAAAUCAACUUUUUAUUGCCUUCUAACCAGCUGCAAAGUGUUUUGUACCAAUGAACUUUUGCAAUAAUGCGGUGUGGUACAUUUUUCAACCUUGAAUAAAGGAUACUUGAACUUC